AAAAAAUGUAGAGCGCUGGAACUGCGCAAAAGUCUCUAAAACAUAACCUGUACACUUCUAAAGCAAUUUUAGUCUGUUGAGUUUUGAAUUGACCUCUGAAAGUACUGAUAAAUACUGGUUUUCGAUUGACAAACAUUUUUGUUAUUCUGGCAACUGCUACGUGACGAGCAAGUUGUAAGUCAUGGCUGCCAACCCCUUUGACAAAUAUUUGAAAAUUUUAACAGUAGGGUCAAAGGAGUACAAGUAUUACGAUUUAUCGGCAUUGGGGGCUCAAUAUGACCGGUUGCCAUAUUCUAUUAGAGUUCUAUUGGAGUCUGCAGUCCGAAACUGUGACAAUUUCCAAGUUAAAGAAAAAGAUGUUCAAAGUAUCUUAAAUUGGAAACAAAACCAGUCAGUGGAGGGCGGAAUUGAAAUACCAUUCAAACCUGCAAGGGUCAUUUUGCAGGAUUUUACGGGGGUUCCUGCAGUUGUCGACUUUGCCGCAAUGAGGGAUGCAGUGAAAGAUUUAGGCGGAAAUCCGGAAAAAAUUAAUCCAAGUUGUCCCGCAGACCUUGUCAUUGAUCACUCUGUCCAGGUUGAUUUUGCUAGAUCACCAAACGCGUUAAAGAAGAAUGAAGAUUUGGAAUUUGAGAGAAACCAGGAAAGAUUCACAUUUUUGAAAUGGGGGACUAAAGCGUUCAAUAACAUGUUGAUUGUACCUCCAGGGAGCGGAAUUGUGCAUCAAGUGAACUUGGAGUAUUUGGCACGGGUUGUUUUUACCGGCAAAGACAGGCCUAUUUUGUACCCAGACACAGUGGUGGGAACUGACUCACACACAACUAUGAUUAACGGAUUGGGUGUCCUUGGAUGGGGCGUUGGUGGUAUUGAAGCAGAAGCUGUUAUGUUAGGUCAAUCCAUCAGCAUGUUACUACCACAAGUCGUCGGUUACAGAUUACACGGUACUUUAGGACAAUAUGUGACCUCAACUGAUUUAGUUCUUACGAUAACGAAAAAUUUGAGACAAUUGGGAGUUGUUGGAAAGUUCGUCGAGUUUUACGGGCCUGGUGUGGCAGCAUUGUCGAUCGCAGAUCGUGCCACAAUCGCAAAUAUGUGUCCUGAAUAUGGGGCAACUGUUGGAUUUUUCCCUGUUGAUGAGCAUUCUCUGGCGUACUUGAGACAAACUAGUCGUCCCGAUGAACAAAUUAAAUUGAUUGAAGCGUAUUUGAAAGCUACUAAACAAUUAAGAAAUUAUGCGAAUGAAAUGGAAGAGCCGAUUUUCACCCAGAGUGUCAGUCUGGAUUUGUCCACUGUUGUCUCAUCUGUUAGUGGACCGAAACGACCCAAUGACAGAGUUUCUGUUUCGGAUAUGAAAAAUGAUUUCAGAUUGUGUUUAAGCAAUAAGAUCGGUUUCAAAGGCUUUGGCAUCCCGGAAACCAAACUCAACACCGAAACCAAAUUCAUGUUCAAUGGAUCGCAAUACACGCUUCGCCACGGCAGUGUGAUAAUCGCAGCAAUAACCUCGUGCACAAACACAAGCAAUCCCAGUGUGAUGCUGGGGGCUGGUCUUUUGGCCAAAAACGCGGUGGCGGCAGGCCUCACCGUCGCUCCUUACAUCAAAACGAGUCUUUCUCCCGGCUCCGGCGUCGUCACUUACUACCUUCAAGAAUCCAAAGUCAUCGAUGCUUUAACCCAACUCGGGUUCGACAUCGUGGGCUAUGGAUGUAUGACAUGUAUUGGCAACAGUGGCGGUAUCGACGAAAACAUUGUCAAUGCAAUCGAGCAAAACGACUUGGUUUGUUGUGGCGUUCUUUCCGGGAAUAGAAACUUCGAAGGUCGGAUUCACCCAAACACGCGAGCGAAUUAUUUAGCGAGUCCUUUACUAGUCAUAGCCUAUGCGAUUGCCGGCACUGUUGAUAUAGAUUUUGAAAAAGAACCCUUGGGGAAACGUGCGGACGGUUCACCGGUAUUUUUGCGUGAAAUUUGGCCGACAAGGAAGGAAAUUCAUGCAGUGGAACAGCAAUAUGUCAUCCCUGCGAUGUUCCAACAAGUCUAUUCGCGUAUUCAGUUGGGCUCGUCAAGUUGGCAAUCAUUAAAUGCCCCUUCUGGGAUUUUAUACCCCUGGUCCGACAGCUCCACUUACAUUAAAAAACCGCCGUUUUUCGACGGAAUGUCCAAGCAAUUGCCCCCAAUGCAACCCAUUUCGGGGGCCCGAGUCUUGCUCUAUUUGGGCGAUUCGGUCACCACCGACCACAUAAGUCCCGCCGGUUCCAUUGGACGAAACAGUCCAGCUGCACGAUAUUUGGCCCAAAAUGGCUUAACACCGCGCGAAUUUAAUUCCUAUGGGUCACGAAGAGGCAAUGAUGCCAUCAUGGCAAGAGGCACUUUCGCCAAUAUCCGACUCGUUAACAAGUUUAUGAGUAAUGCAGGACCGAAAACCGUGUAUUUGCCCACAAAUGAAGAGAUGGAUGUUUUUGAUUGUGCCGAGAGGUACAAGGCGGCCAAGACACCCCUGAUUAUAUUAGCUGGAAAGGAUUAUGGGUCGGGGUCCAGCAGGGAUUGGGCCGCCAAGGGGCCCUACUUAUUGGGAGUUCGUGCUGUAAUUGCUGAAUCAUUCGAACGUAUUCAUCGCUCAAAUUUGGUAGGCAUGGGAAUUAUUCCUUUCCAAUUCUUGCCCAACGAGACGGCUGAAACUCUCGGCUUGACAGGAAAAGAAGUUUACAAUAUUGAACUUCCAGCCGAUUUAAAACCGGGGCAAAACAUCAAAAUUUCAACAGAUACGGGCAAAACAUUCAAUGUUGUUUUGCGAUUCGACACUGAAGUUGAUUUAUUGUUCUAUAGACACGGAGGUAUCUUGAAUUACAUGAUCAGAAAAAUCGUAGCGUAAUAAUGUGGUAAUUGAGCAUCAACUAGGGUUAUGGUAAAUAAUGUUUUUCAAUAAAUUGGAACUAUUUUAUUUUAUUACUUAUUAAUCUAGUACAAAAAUAUUGUUGAAACGGUAAACUCAGUUUUAUUGUUGAGGGUUUAUUUUUUGUGUGGGCUUCUUUACUUAGUUGUUAUAUAUUUUUAACAAUGUUAUACUUUUAUAUAAAUGGAUAAUAAUUAAUAAUAAACCAUCACUUUUACAACAA